AUGGACCCGGAAGCCGGCGGGACGAAGGAGGUGGCGGCGCUCGGCCGGCCCUUCAGCCUCGGGAUGUUGUACGACUGCCGCAGCGACUCACUCGUCCCUGGAAUGACACUGUGGGACCAUGAUAAACUGAUAAAAUAUAUACGAGAAAGAUCACACAACUAUAAAGGCUUUGAGAUAGUUGCAUCUGAAUCAAUUGAGGACAAAUCUUCAGCACUAAACGUUGAAGCUUCCCUGAAGGCAAGUUUCUUGAGUGGACUGGUUGAGGUUGAUGGAUCGGCCAAAUACCUGAACGACAGUAAGACUUCCAAAAAUCAGGCCAGAGUAACUCUGAAGUACAAGGCUACCACAAAGUUCCAGGAACUGUUGAUGGAUCACCUUGGAAGAGGCAAUGUGAAGCAUCCAUAUGUCUUUGAUAAAGGAUUAGCAACACAUGUAGUCACAGCCAUUCUUUAUGGGGCACAAGCCUUCUUUGUCUUUGACCGUGAGGUUUCUGAAGAGGAAGAUCAUCAAGACAUUGAGGGGAACUUGAAGGUGAUGAUCAAGAAGUUUCCCAGUGUCGAUGGUGAAGGUUCCCUGAAACUGGAAGACAAGGACAGAGCAAAUGUUGAGAAAUUCUCCUGCAGAUUCUUUGGAGACUUUGCUCUUGAAAAAAGUCCUGUAUCCUUUCAGGAUGCAGUAGAAGUCUACCAAAGCCUGCCAAGAUUACUGGGAGCCAACGGAGAAAAGGCUGUACCGAUGAAAGUCUGGCUGUUGCCACUGACAAGUUUAGAUUCUUCUGCUGCAAAACUGGUCCGUCAGAUAAGUUUAGGAUUAGUUCAGGAAUCACAGAGAGUCCUGGAGGACUUCAGUGAGCUGGAAAUGAGGUGCAAUGACACAAUGAGAACCACCACCGCACAGCAGUUCCCACAGAUUGGCAAAAAGAUUAAAAGCUUUAAAGAGAUGUGCUCUGAGUUCAAGCUGGGAUUCCAACAAAACUUGGCAAAGAAACUUCCAUCAAUCCGAGGAGGAGGAGAAGAGGAGGCUGUGCUCGCAGAGAUCCUGAAGAAGAGACAUUCUUCUCCUUUCAACAGCAAAGACCUGAACGAGUGGAUGGACUGUAAAGAGAGAGAAGUCUACACCUUAAUGUCUUUAACCAACAUGAUGAAGAACACCACAAUCAUCCCGUCUCAAACAGACCUGUACAAGGAAACCCUCAGUGCAGACCAUGCUGUGUGUUUUGUUUUCACCUCCCUGGGAAGUGCUGAACCGUACCUCUCAGUUUUAUCUAACUACUUAAAACAAACACCCGAAGCAGACGACCCUCAAGAUGUAGAGAAGGAACAAUGGUUCACCUCAAAAGAAAUAACAGAUGCAAUGAGGAAUAAAGCAAAGCUCUUCAGUGACUUUGCAGAGGCCAACAAGGAGAACAAGAACAUAAAGUUCCUGACAGUGGGAUUAACAAAUGAGACACAGAAAGGUUCAAGCAUCUACCUUCAUGAAGGCGGCUUUUCUGUCAAUGAGAACUUUGAGCCGCCUUCAAAGCCUGAAACAGUAACAGCAAGUGACAUAAAGCACAACAGUGUGACACUGAAGAUUUCUGCGCCCAGAUUUGGAGCAGAGAACAUCACCUCCUACUCUGUAGAGUACUGUGUCAGAGGAGAGGAUGGAUGGCAACAAGAGACAGCAUCAAAAGCUGGAGAAGUCACAGUGAGCCAUCUGAGUCCUAACACAGAUUCCCGUCCGGUCAUUGUCAUAGAUGUGUGUUCUGCCUGA